CGGAGACCCAAACUAACAACCUACUGUAACUUCCAAAGGAAUUACGAGUCUCGGAGGGAUUACUUUUAUUUUUAAAGCUGAACAUAUCGUCGUUUUUGCCCUGAAGGAAAAACAUGAACUUUUUAACAGUCUUGCGUCUUUUCGUCUUUACCAUCGUGGCUGUGAGAGGUGCAUCUAUACCGCUUGUGUUUGAGAGCGAGAGGCCUGCGCAGACAGCUGUGAUUGAUUUAUUGGAGGCGCUGAGUGAGAAAAGAUCUACCGUGGACAACAAGCUUGUGGAAUAUGAGGAGGAGGAUGAAGAGUAUUACUAUGAUGAUGAUGUUGAAGAAGACGAGGAGGAUGAGUUCUCUGGGGAUUAUGGGUUGCCGAUAGUUGCAUUUUCAAGUCAACCCAAAGACCCAAGUGCGGUUUUGAACGCGGAGAAACUUGAAGGCUCAAAGAGGAAGGGGCUCGGGAGAAAGAAGGGAAAAGGAAAGGGAAAAGGCAAGAAAAGAAACCCCUGUCUAAAAAAGUACAAGGACUUUUGCAUCCACGGAACCUGCCAGUACUUUAGGGAUUUAAAGGGGCCCUCAUGCAUAUGUGACCAGGGGUACUCAGGAGAGCGAUGUCACGAUUUCUCUCUGCCGGUGAAGACGAAUGACGGAGGGUAUGACCGCACUACAGCCCUUGCUGUGGUAGCUGUGGUUCUCUCUUCAUUAUGUCUGACCAUCAUUGGCCUCCUCCUGGCACUCAGGUUUCACAAGCAAGGUGCAUAUAAUGUGGAAAAUGAGGAGAAGAUUAAACUGGGAGCCGCUCCACACCACUAAACCAGACUGGAGAAGAACGGGCGACCGUGUGGAAAUUCUACCUCAAAAAAAAAAAAAAAAUGAAGUGGCGAAGUUGAAUGUUGUGAGGAGCAGCAGCGGGCACAGCAAGCUGAAUGGUGACCGUGUUUGUUUGGCAGGAGUCGAAACGCCUCAGCAAAGGGCCUGACUCAUUAAAGACUCGCUAAAAAAUUAAAAAAUUAAAAAAAGAAGUUCGCAGGAGAGCUCAAAACCUGCCCCGAACUGGACGCCGAGCUGUUCCAUACACAAUGAGAAGGAACUCUUCAGGGUUGGGAAUGUAGAUUUAGAGGCGAUGGAUGGCGAGGAUGUAGAGGCGACUGAGUUUUUUUUAGUACUGAUGAAGCCUUGUCUGAAAUAAGUAUUCUUAAAAAAAUAAGCAUUUGUUCGUCUGUCUUGUGCACUGUGUAUUUAAACGUUGCUGGCUAUGCUUUAAAUUAUUUAUUUAUGUAUAUAUAUUAAUAUUUAUUUGGAUUUAGACCAACUUCGUCCUGCCCUAAUGCACUGGCAACGUUUUUGAAAGUCUGUGUUGUUGUAUUUCUGUAUAUUAUUUUAUUUAUUAAAACAAGCAAUAGUAAUCGGUGUCGAAUCAGUGAGUACUGAACCGUGGUAGACUGAAAAUCUAAAUUGUGUAUCUAGUAAUAUAUAAUAUGCAGUUUUGAUGCAUUGAAUGAAGAGAACGUAAGUUAUUAUUUGUACUGUUUCAGCAAACGUCACGAAAAGUCAUAUUUCAAGCUUUCUUUUUUUAUGAAAUGGAAAGUCUUCGGCCAGUAAAAUGUUAGCAGAUAUUCAAUUUAUGAAAUGUGAAAUAUUUUAAGCAAGCAUUCUGCUUCAUAAGAGAUCAAUUGUUUCUCUCAUUGUAUGAAUCGACUAUUUUUUAUGCUCCCAAAGAAGAAAAUAAUAAAACGUCUUUUUAUAAUAAAA